CUUUCCUUCCACUCAAAACCGCAGAAACUCUCGAUUCCCGGCGAGGAUUCGCCGCCACAUUCCUCCAUUUUCCGGCGGUCGUUUGUCAGUUUCCGGCGUGCGAGAGAGACGGAAGGCUUUCCAUUCCGGCAGCAACGAUCUGACACCCCCGCUUGAAUCGGAUUCUCUGUUUCGUUUUUCAGUCUAACGCUCUCUUGAAAUUGCAGAGAUUGUGAUUCUUUCCGUUUCUAAUCCCUUGAGUUUUUGCUUAUCAAAUUAGGGUUUUUUGUUUUGUUUCUUCUUUUUCUUUUUCGGAUUCCUUUUUGGAUUCGUCGCUGUCGGAGGAGAAGGCGGUCUUCUUGCAAGAGAAAUGUCGAUGCAAGACCCUUCGCUUUGGGAUCGUCCCCUUCUUCAGUGGAGGGUUAUGGAGUUGAAGUAUGAGCUUAAGAGGAGGAAUAGACCAACAAACGGUUUGAAGGAGGACUUAGUGAGGCGGCUCAAAGAAGUCCUCAAUGAAGAACAGAGGGAGAAAAAAGAAAUUGGCAAUGAAUUUACUAGUUCUCAACCAACUGCCAAUUCAGACACAGUUAAGGAAGGAUGCGUGGAAGCUGACGAUGGUGAUGGGUCUGAAUCAGAGAAGUCCCAGCUGGUGGGUGACGAUAUGAAUUCAGCUAACAAUGAUGGUAAUUCCAGAGUGGUGGGUCUUGAUAAAAUCAAUGGAGAUCAAAGCAUGAAAUCAGAGAAGGCCCUGGUGUUGGAUGACGAUGUGAGUUCAGUGAACAACGACAACAGUGGCGGACUGGCAGGUCUUGAUCAAGUUCAUGGAGAUCAAGACGUGAAAUUGGCAUAUAAAUUUGAUCCUGAGUGCAGUGAGGUUGAUAACGUUGUUGUCGUCCCAGUUGAAAACAGCUAUUCAAUUGAUUCUCAGAAUGACUUUUGCAGGAAUGAGUUGAAGGAAGCAGAUGCUCUGGUUGCUGAUGAAAGCCAACUCCCUAUAUCCCGAACCAGUUACCAGGUAACUGAGACAGUCAGUCAGGUGGUAAACUGUCCUUCUACUUGCCCUUUGUCAAUUAAUCAAGAAAAUGAACUAAAGAGUGAUUUGAAUACUAAAAGUGUCCAUUUAGUACCUGCAUCAAUGAAUACUGAGGUGUUACACCUUGUUUCUAAUGAUGGUGGUGGUAUCAACAUGUCGAAUGUUCAAGUUGAAAGUGGUCGGCAGAUUGCUACUGAACGGGUAGAGGUUAGUCAUGCAGUGGAUGUUGACGUUAGUGACCAAAAUGUUGGUAUUGGUGGUGGGCCUUCAGAAAAUUUCAAUGGUGGUGGAAAUUUUCUUGGAGAAUCAGUGGAAGAGGAUGUGAUGGAGAAACAGAUGAUAGAUGCCAUCUCGAAUGAUGAGGAUACAAGAGAAAAGAUUGACAUCCCUGAAUCUCUUCAGGUGGAGGAAGAUGAUGCAUUUGAUGCUGUGGCAGAUCAAUACUCUGUCGAUGAUAAUUGUUUUUCUGGCAAGAGUGAGUCUUUGGAUCAGCAUGGCCAAAAGAGAAAAAUUGAAGAUGAGCCACCAUCAGAGAGCAAAUCUUUGAGAAGGCAGCGCAAACGGAAUGGUGUGAAUGAGUUAAAGAUGAUUGAGUUUGGGCAGCUUUCCUGUGUGGAAGCAGAGGCAUUCAAACUGGCAGAAGUUCCUGGAAAAUCUCCCACUGCUGCCCCAGCUCCCAAUUAUCCAAGACCUAGAGAUGGUCCCAAGUUGAUUCCCCUGCCUGCCAGGUCUGAUUCCUCACUUCAUGGAGACAUCCUGAUGGAACGAAUUGUUCCCCCACCGCAGCGAUCUCCAACGACUUCUUUGAGAAUAGACAAUUUCCUUCGACCAUUUACAUUGAAAGCUAUACAAGAGCUUCUCUCAAAGACUGGAACUGUCUGCAGCUUCUGGAUGGAUGAGAUCAAGACUCAUUGUUAUGUCACGUAUUCUUCGGUGGAGGAAGCAGUGGCAACCCGAGAUGCACUAUACAAUUCCCAGUGGCCUAUGAAUGGUGGCCGUCUAUUGAUUGUCGAGUUUGUUGACCCUGGAGAUGUCAAGGUCAAGGUCGAAGGACCUCAAGCACCACCAUCAACUGUUCCUGCGUUGACCUCUUCUCGUGUUCGGGCAACACCACCACCUUCGAAGUUUCAACGUUUGCGUCAGACACUGCAGCCCCUUGGUCAGCAACCUCUGCCUCCCAGACAGCAGCAGCCGCCUCUACCACCCAGGCAGCAGCUCCCUAUGCCCCCCAGGCAGCAGCUACCUCCACCUCCACCACCCAGGCAGCAGCUGCCUCCACCACCAAAGCAGCCACUAUCACCACCCCGUCAGCAGUUGCCUCCACCACCUCCGCUUCCUCUGCCGCCCCCCUACCCCCAUCCUUCCUCUGUCCGAGAGAGGCUUUUGCCGCCGCCUCCCAGGAAUCUCAAUCCACCUGUGACACUUGAUGACCUAUUCAGGAAAACACGCACUAAUCCUCGCAUCUAUUACCUUCCUCUUUCAGAAGAACAAGUUGUUGCCAAGUUGGCGGCCACCUCUGCCAGUCACAAUGAGAGUGUGGAUAUCCAUAGUAGGCAGUAGAUCUGUUUCAGUGUCAAUAUUCUAAAAUUUGGACUGGCCCUUAACUGAAGCACGUGCUGUUUGAAGCAUUCAAGAAAUUCAAUGCCUGGUGAGUUCUCCAAAAAACACAGAAUGAUCUGAACUAGUGAAAUCAGCCACUUGAACUUUGAAAUUGCAAUAAUCC